CACCUCCCGCGGGGGGCGGGGAGAGCGCGCGGCUGCUGGGCGCUCGCUCCCCAGUUCCCCUCAUCCCUUCGUACUCCCAGCUCUUCCCCUCCGAACCCCACCGCGGCUCCUCGUCAUGGCGGCUUUCAGCAAAUCCAUUCCUCAUAACUGCUACGAGAUCGGCCACACUUGGCACCCUUCUUGCAGAGUUUCCUUCCUGCAGAUCACCGGGGGAGCCCUGGAGGAGUCCCUGAAGAUCUAUGCCCCCCUGUACUUGAUUGCAGCAAUUCUCCGGAAACGAAAAUUAGACUAUUAUUUACACAAACUGCUUCCUGAGAUCCUACAAUCUGCUUCAUUUCUGACUGCUAAUGGGGCCUUGUAUAUGGCUUUCUUUUGCAUUUUAAGGAAGAUACUUGGAAAAUUCUACUCAUGGAGUCCUGGUUUUGGUGCCGCUUUGCCAGCAUCUUAUGUGGCCAUUCUAAUUGAAAGGAAAAGCAGGAGAGGGCUCCUCACAAUUUAUAUGGCCAACUUGGUCCUUUUGUUCUGCAUCACAGCUGCCAUGUACAUGUUCUUUUUCAGGUGCAAAGAUGGUUUGAAAGGAUUUACAUUCUCUGCGCUUAGAUUCAUUGUAGGGAAGGAGGAAAUACCCAUACAUUCUUAUUCACCAGAGGCAGCAUAUGCGAAAGUGGAACAAAAGAGAGAAAAACAUGAGGAAAAACCACGAAUAAUGAAUGUAAUUGCUCUAGUCAGGAAACUUGUGGAUUCAAUAUGCAAGCAUGGACCAAGACAUAGAUGUUGCAAACACUAUGAAGAUAAUUGCAUCUCUUACUGCAUUAAAGGUUUCAUCCGAAUGUUUAGCGUGGGGUACCUGAUCCAGUGCUGCCUGCGAAUCCCCUCUGCAUUUAGGCAUCUGUUUACACAGCCAUCCCGGCUAUUGUCUCUCUUCUAUAAUAAGGAAAACUUCCAGCUUGGAGCUUUUCUUGGGUCUUUUGUUAGUAUAUACAAGGGUACUAGUUGCUUCCUGCGCUGGGUCAGAAACCUGGAUGAUGAACUACAUGCUAUUAUAGCCGGAUUUUUGGCAGGUGUAUCAAUGAUGUUUUAUAAGAGCACAACAAUUUCCAUGUACUUAGCUUCUAAAUUGGUGGAGACAAUGUAUUUCAAAGGCAUCGAAGCAGGGAAGGUUCCCUAUUUUCCCCAUGCAGAUACUAUCAUCUACUCCAUCUCUACAGCAAUUUGCUUCCAGGCAGCUGUCAUGGAAGUUCAGACUUUGCGACCAUCUUAUUGGAAAUUCCUUUUAAGGCUAACUAAGGGCAGGUUUGCCGUUAUGAACAGAAAAGUUCUUGAUGUUUUUGGUACUGGUGCUUCUAAACACUUUCCGGAUUUCAUCCCCAGGCUGGAUCCAAGAUAUACGACUGUAACACCAGAGUUACCCACAGAAUUUUCUUGAAGAUAACUAUGAUUUAUUAAUGUGACUAAAUGUUUCAUCAUUCUAUCCUGAAGAUUUAAUUAUGUUGAACACAAAGAAGGGAGCCUGGGCUUGAACUUCAGUGUUAUUUCAAUGGGAAAUGCUUUUUUUUUUUUUCUUACCAAUCAGAAAUACUGAAGCUUUUUAGGAAGGUCUUGCUUAAUAAUUAAGCUCCCUCUGUAGCCAGAAUCUGAUCUGGAUCACCGCAGUGGUUGACAUUAUGAUAUAUUAUCGACUAAAUUAUGCCCACAAGCAAUUUAAAAUAAUCUAUGUAGAAUUGCAAUAACAAAUAAGAGUAUACUUAAAAUUAUUUUAAAAGCUGUCUUUAGUUCAUUCCAAUAUAAUUCUUGGUUAAAACUAAGAAUGUUUCUACAUUUUAGAAUUUUUAAGAAUCACGGGUACAUGGAUUUGGUCUGUUUUUUUUAUUUUUUUAUUUUUUACUUUUUAAUUGGUAACUCUAGUGCUGAAAUAUUAUGGAUUUGAAAUAACUCUUCACAACCAGUGCUGCUUUAGUAUAGAGCAAUUUAAUUGGAGAAAGUGGCCAUUCUUAUUUCAGGAAUGCAAAAGUGAGUCUCAUAACAUUUGGUGGUAUCUAUGUACUUUUUUCCUACUGAUACGUCAUCUCUGACUCCAUGACCAGUUGGGCUGUUUGCCAGUUCAGUGAACCUAUGUGCUAGUGGCGUGUUAGGAACAAAUGAAAAUUGGAACAUCUGCUAAAGUUAGAAUGUCCUGUUAUAAUCUUUUAUAGAAGCAUUACACUUGAAUGUUUAGAACAAAUGAAGUUACUUCUGAGUCUCCUGUAUAUUUAUUAUGGGUUUUUGUUUUGUUUUGUUUUUUCAUGUAUAAGGACUGAAUUCUU